AUGUCUGAUCCAAAAUCAUUAAUAGCCGAAGCAGAAAAAUUACUUAAACCACAACUGGGUUUUUUUUCAUUUAUAUCUGGAUCAAGUCAAUCCAUGAGAAAAGAAGAUGCAACAGAUUUAUAUAUUCAAGCGGCAAAUAGUUAUAGAUUAAAAAAAGAUUUUAAUCAAGCAGGUAAUCAAUUUAUAAAAGCUUCAGAAAUUCAACAAAGUUUGGGUAAUUAUAACGAUUCGGCUAAUCAUUUAGUUGAAGCUUAUAAAUGUUUUAAAUCAAAUUCUCCAAUAAAUGCAAUAGAUGCAUUAUCAAAAGCAAUUCAUAUAUUUUUAACUCAAAAUGGUCAAUUUAGAAGAGCAGCAAAUUUUACAAUGGAUUUAGGUGAACUAUAUGAAAGUGUUGAUGAUAUACCAAAUGCUAUAAAGAGUUAUGAACAAGCUGGUGAUUAUUUCCAAACUGAUAAUGCUGAAGCUCUUUCCAACAAAGCAUUUUUAAAAUGUGCAGAUUUAUCAGCUUUAAGUAAUGAUUACAAAAAGGCUAUUGAGUUAUAUGAUCAAAUAAUAAAGAACUCUUUGAACAGCUCAUUAACUAAAUGGAGUUUAAAAGAUUAUAUUUUUAAAGUUUUGUUAUGUAUAUUAUGUACUGAGGAUAUCGUUGAAGUUGAAAAAAGAUUAGCUAAAUAUAAUGAAGAGGAUCCAAAUUGGGCAAAUUCAAGAGAAUAUAAAUUAAUUGAAAGUAUUUUAGAAAGUAUUAAUAAGGGAGAUGUUGAAGAUUUUUCAGAUAAAGUUUUUGAAUUUGAUAAAUUUAGUAAACUUGAUAAAUUGAAAACUCAAUUAUUGUUAAAGAUUAAAACUUCAGUAGUUGAUAAUGAUGAAGUGGACAUUUUAUAA